ACGCGGCUGGAUGACUAAGUUCGGUUGAACGUUCAGGACGUCGCUGGGCUUGACGUGUGCGUAACGUCAUGCGUCACUGAAAAAAAAAAAAAAAUAACAAGAAGGACAGACAUGGCUGCCCGUAGAGACCCUAACAGUGAUGAUGAAUCAUACGAAGUUCUGGAUUUAACGGAAUAUGCCAGACGUCAUCACUGGUGGAGUAGACUUUUUGGUCGAAACUCUGGGCCACUCACAGAGAAAUAUUCCGUUGCUACUCAGAUUGUAAUGGGUGGAGUGACUGGCUGGUGUGCAGGAUAUUUGUUUCAAAAAGUUGGAAAACUAGCGGCAACAGCAGUAGGCGGCGGCUUUCUUCUGCUUCAGAUUGCCAGUCAUAGUGGAUAUAUACAAGUAGAUUGGAAGAGAGUUGAAAAAGAUGUAAACAAGGCAAAAAGAAAAAUCAAAAAGCAGGCAAAUAAAUCUGUACCUGAAAUUAACAACUUAAUUGAAGAGUCUACCGAUUUUAUUAAGCAGAACAUUGUGGUGUCUGGCGGAUUUGUUGGUGGAUUCUUACUAGGUCUUGCCUCUUAGUGGGUGAAUGGGGAAGGCAAGAACCCUUGACAUGGACUUGUGUGUAGGAGAAUGAUGUGUAAUACACACCUUAGACGUUAAAAGUUGAAAUGCUGUGGAGAAAAUAAAGACACUCGUCUUAUUUGUUCUUUUUAAGCGGGGUUAAUCCUGUAGAUGCUUAUCAAAAUAUAGGAAAUGCUUGCAAAGAGCUCAUGGCAUACUGUGCUCCAACAUAAAGGGACUGACUUCUGGUUACUUUAGAGAUGAACUUUGUAUUCCUUGCACUGCUGAAAAUACUGACAUGUUUAGUUUCUGCAGGGUUGGAGAGUUUUCCAUGUGGUUUAUGAUGCCUGUCAACUCAUGAUAGUUCGUCUAUUAUUCAUGUUACAUCGUAAA